UGGCAACAUGUCAAGCCCCCAGAACAACAACAACAGCAGCUGGAUCAGUUGGUUCUUCGGGAUAAAGGGCAACGAGUUCCUCUUCCGCGUGCCCAUCGACUACAUUCAUGAGACGUUCAACCAGAUGAGCCUGGAGUACUUCACCGAGACACUGCAAGUAAUCCUGAAUCCGGUGUUCGACAGUUCCUUGGACUGGGUCUUCGGCGAUGAGAAGAAGUGGUACGGCAUGAUCCACGCCCGAUACAUCAUGUCGGAGCGAGGCGUGGAUGAUAUACGCCAAAAGUAUAAGAAAGGGGACUUCGAGGUGUGUCCAAAACUCACCAAUAGGUAGAAAACCCUUCCUGUAACGAUUUACGAGCUGCGAUCCGAUACACAGCUGGACGGAGCAAUGUUCGGGACCAGUUUCUCGCACAACUUCUUCGCGCAGCGGCCGAACUUGAGACCCCAGCCGCCCCUGGACGUCCCCCGGUAA